UUUAUUAGCUAGUCCUCUGCAGUUGGGGUACCAGCUAAACCAUGAGUUAGUAGCGGGAAUAGAAAAAUGGCAAGAAGGAGUUUUUUGGCUGAUACAUCUGCAAAUGCAGCUGAUGCGAGCUUGUCUUUCACAGGGGGUGUCAGAUCACAGAUUGAAGGUAGUUCAUUUCUGAGAGGAGAUGACAGGCAAAGAGUCAAAGAUCGAAGAAGUCUUAACAUCCAGAAAUCUUUACAAAUUUUGGAUGAGAGUGUAUCAUCACCAACCCCAAGGUCAAGGACAGGUGGACUCAGACGGGCAUCCUAUGCACCAAAGUCCCUCACUCCAAGCUCCAAGUAUGACACAUCUGUUCAGUUCACACCCAACAAAGCACAUCAGCUGUCACAGAAUGAGCCACAGUUUGGAAGGCAGUUGGCAGGUUCUACAAUGUAUGGACAAUCCAUGAUCUCAACUAUGGGAGAUGACUUCACAGAAGAAAUCACAACCACAAAUGUUGCACUCCUGCUUGAGGAAGACCCAGGAAUUUCUGCCUGUCGUGGAAUGUACAGGGACUUCCUACAGUGUAUGAAGGCUUUGCCCUCGGAGACUCAGGUGUUUGACCUACUUAAUGAGUAUGAGAGGGUGUGUCAGGAGCAGGUCACCAUAUUGUAUAAACUGGUCAACAGGGCAGCCAGUCGUAGUGAACCCAAAUAUCAAAAGACAUUCAAUAUGCUACACAUGCUAGAGAUGGAGAAACAUACAUGGCAGCUGAUCAAAUCUCUCUUUCAUGAUCGAUUGGAGAAAGAGUUGGAAGAAAUGCAGAUGGCUCUUGACGAGAUAAAUCCUCUCACUAUGAUGAAGCAGAGUGAACAGGAAGCCGUGACCCGGCUGUUUGAGAAGGACAGAACGAUUAGAGAGAGUCAGCUGGUGAUUGAUUGGUUGGAGAAAUGUGCACAAGAUGUUGUGGAGAACUAUGGAGAUAAUGCCAAAUUUUUCUCUGACAGAGCUGUAGCUUGGGAAAACACUCUACACAAACUGAAGAAAUCAGGUGGUGUCACUUUUGGAAAUGAGAGGCCCAUGGUAACGGAAAUGGACCCGGAUGCUCCAUUCAGACAGAAGAAGAUGUUAGAUGACCUAGAUCAGGAGGACGAGUGUAGACUCCUACAGUAUUUAUUUAUUUGUCUACGUGCUGGACAAAUAGAUAAGGCGCAGGAGGUGUGUAAGAGUCACGGUCAGGCCUGGAGGGCGGCCACUUUGGAGGGAUGGAAGCUGUACCAUGACCCUAACUUUGAGGGACCUAAUGGUCAGAUUGACCCUGUGGUGGGAAAUCCUCACCGUGUGAUCUGGAAAUGCAUGUGCUGGGCCAUGGCAGCUGAUCCUAAGUAUGAUGUGUAUGAGAAGAGUAUCUAUGGUGCACUGAGUGGGAAUCUGCGGGCUAUGUUGUCUGUCUGUAAGUCCUGGCUGGACCAUGUUUGGGCUCAUUACAAAGUUUUGGUGGACCUCCGAGCCGAGACUGAGAUCAGGACAAUGUGUACAGUAGACACUAGUAUGGAUGUCCCAUCAGAAUACUGGGAACAGCCGUCAGAUCCAGAAACCAUUUUCCACCGAAUUGAAGCUAUUGAGAGUAUCAGGAGGGAAUCUCAGGAUUUCUACCAUAUCAUCCAGAAAUGGGUCAUCCUUGGUGAUGUUGAUAAACUCCUUGAUGUGAUGGCUCAGUGGAUUCGAGGACAGGAGAAAACACUGCCGCAGCAUUUGAUCCGAUUUAUGGCACACGUUGUUCUAUUCAUACGCUGUACACAACACAGAGUUAAUGAGGACAACUGUAAUGUGGUGUUAGAAGCAUAUGUGAGGUAUCUAAUAGAAGAUGACCACAAAGAAUUAGUGUCUCAUUAUGUCUCAAAACUACCCCCAAAAGCUCAGGUCCACUGGUAUGCCAGGUUCCUCGAAGGAAUCACAAAUGUGGAGGAGAAACAGAUGUGUCUGCAGCUAGCAGAGGAGGUGAACCUUGAUAUCCCCCAGAUCACAAAGACAGUGGUGGAAAAUAUUCGUAAUAAGAGUGGAGCGGGGCUGCCGGCGGCGACCGAUGUCAGGUUGGAUGUCACAGUCACAGAGGAGGACAAGAAGAAGAUAGCAGCUAUAGACUGGCUUGUGUUUGACACGGCUCAGAGGGCAGAGGCCGUCAAACAGGCCAACGCGGUCAUGAGGACUUUUAUUGCUGUAAAGAAAUUAGCUGCAGCCAGGGAGGUGUUUGAUAAAUUACCAGUAGAUUCUAUAGACAUCAUUUACAGGAACUGGCACAUACAAACAGGAAAUGAUGAAUUACCAGCGGAGGAUGAGAACGCCAUCAGAGAGUAUCUAUGUAUGAAGUCUUACCUGGAUGCAAUGGAUAGUUUUAAUGAAUGGUUUACCAAGUUUCACCACACAAAGCCGGUCAAGCCUACGGCACCUUAUGCAGCCUCCUUUACAGAAAAAGUGGCUUUUGAACAUCGCCUGAAGCAGUAUGAACAAGAACUAGAUCGCUGGCAGAGGGGACUUCUUGCUCAAACAGAGAACACAACAAAACUGAUGUAUAAUGUUCUGCUAUUUGCCAAUGGUGGCUGGAUGGUAGAUCAAAAAGAGUGCGACUCUGACCCUGGCAGGAAGCAGCAGAUGGAAUCCCUACGACAACUGAUCCUCCCCCAGCUUUGUUUUCUACUACACGACAUCUUACAUAAGACAGAACAGUACCCUGAGUGUCUACAGUUAGCAGAUCACAUCGCCUCCGAGCAACACAUGUUGUAUAAAGUAUUCAGACAAGACGAGCUUCAACACUUACUUCAUCUGUUCAGAGAGUCCUCUCUAGCUGUUCUUGAUCAAAACAAGGACCCUCUGGGAUACGAAAUAGACUGAGGGACAGCCAAUGGGGUUACAUGUGAACAACAGUGAUAGCAAUGUGUGGGCAAACAAGAGUGGACGAUAAGGCAUUUCUAGUUAUGUUUAUGUGGUAAAAGCUGCAUGUAGGGGCAGAUAAGAAUGUGUUCAUUAAACAGUUUAUGUUUUCUAUGAAAAGAAUGUUGUAGGAUUAUCAGUCUUCUUU